AUGUGGCUGCUCCUGCCCUACCACUUCUACUGCGAGGCCCUGGCCAUGCGGGAUAUCCUGCUGAGAGGCCAGACCAGCUACACAUCCACCUACUGUGCCCGGCUGCAUCUGUAUGUGCCGCUCCUGCUGUACGCCCAACUGGAGCUGGUCAAGAUCUGCUGGGAACUGUUCAAGGCGCCCCGCAACAUCUAUGAGGUGCUGUUCGAACAGCCCACCAAGGAGUUGAAUAUUCUGCACAAGAAAUCCUAUGCGGGCAGGAAAAUAGUCUCCUUCAGUCGCUCUAUAGAUGGCACCCAGCUGAGGGAACGACAUCGGGACAGAUUUAACGAUCAGCUGCGAGAAUCGGACUUUAGUCUCACGUGUCUGGCCGGCGCCGUACAUGAUUACUUCAACACCUUCUCCGAUCUGGCGCCAGUGCCUUCGCUUUUGAACACUACUUGUAGGACCAUUUCUAAGGGAUACUUCACCGAUCGCCGAGGGGACAAAAGCGAUAAUAUAGGUGGUGUGGUCUUUCUGCAGCUGCCACUGCGUCAGCCAGAUGUGGAGCAUGCCCGUCAUUUGCACGGAAUUGUGGAGUGCAUCAGGCAGCAGCAGAUCAUGAUCUAUUUGGCCUCAAUCGGUCAGACCAAGUACAGCAUGCUAACGGCCCUCCUACCGCAUGUCCUUACCAAGAUCUUCAUCAACUUCUUCUCGUAUAAUUUUCCAAUUACGAUCACAGAGAUCUAUGGGUCCUCGGCCGAGUUCCAGUCGACUUGGGGCCAGAGGGUUCAGGAUGUGCUACUCUUCAGGCCCCCCCAGUCGAAGACUUGCCUUUCCCUGAACCUCCAUCGCUUCGGGGAUAAGUACAGGCUGGCUAUUAUACGAUCAUAA